GUUUUGAUUGCGGAAGUGGAGACGCUGUAGGCGCUUGCCCAGUGGAGCUACCUGCUUCGGGACUCUUUUGAUUCGACUCUUCUCGUUGUGAUUCGGCUCCAUGUAGGUCUGCGGGAGCUUCGGUUUCCAGGUCUAUCGGACGCCGCUGACUCCGGUGGUGAAUCUUCAGCUCUCUUCCUCCUCCUCCUCCUCCUCCUCCUCGGCGGUGUGUUCCCGGCUGAGCCGUCUCGCGAUGGCCGACCCCGACGACACCAGCCUGCAGCCGGAGGAGCGAGUCCGCGCUCUGACCAAGAAGGGGAGCUCCGUGGAAGUCAACGACGACGUGCCGCCGCGCCGCUACUUCCGCUCCGGGAUGGAGAUGAUCCGCAUGGCCAGCAUCUACGCGGAGGAGGGCAACACCGAGCGCGCCUUCGUCCUGUACAAUAAAUACAUCACUCUCUUUAUAGAAAAACUUCCCAAACACCGGGACUACAAGACCGCGAACAUUCCCGAGAAGAAGGACACACUAAAGAAACUGAAGGACGUUGCGUUUCCUCAAGCAGAGAUUUUGAAAAAAGCCCUCCUGAAGAGAUUUGAACAGGACUAUGCGCAGCAUCUCGUCAAGAAGAGGGCGGAGCAGGAGGCGGCGGCGCGCGAGCAGUCCAAGCAGCGGGAGCUGGACGCGGAGCGGGAGCGCGUGGGCGAGAUGCAGCGGCGGCAGCGGGAGCAGGAGCAGUUCAGCGCCUUCGAGGAGAUGAUCCGCCGCCAGGAGCUGGAGAAGGAGCGCCAGCGGGUGCUCCUGGAGUUCGCCGCGCCCUCCGCGCCGCCCUCCGCCCCCGACACGCCCCUCCUUCCGGGCAUCCGGGGGCCCCCGCCGCAGGCGUCCCACGCCGGCCCGCAGAGCCCCGGGGAACCGUCCGGCGACAACAACCGGCAGUACGAUCGCCCCCCGGCGACCGUCGGCACGCCCGGCGCCGCCGCCCUGCCCUCCUUCGACCGGUCGCUCAAGCCCGGUUCUCUGUUCAGCCCGGGGAACAACAACACGAUGGUGGACGCCCUCCGGCAGCUGGCGGUUCCGGCCGAGCUGUGCCGCAGCUUUCUGAGGUUGGCCGAGGCCAACACGAGCCGGGCCGUGGAAACGUGCGGCAUCCUGUGUGGCAAACUGAACAGAAAUGCGUUCACCGUGACCCACGUCAUCGUACCGAAGCAGUGUGGCGGGCCGGACUAUUGCGACACGGAAAACGAGGAGGAGCUUUUCCUCAUGCAGGACCAGUAUGACCUCAUCACCCUGGGCUGGAUACACACUCACCCCACGCAGACGGCCUUCCUGUCCAGCGUCGACCUUCACACGCACUGCUCCUACCAGAUGAUGCUGCCGGAGGCCAUCGCCAUCGUCUGCUCGCCCAAGUUUAACGAGAUCGGCUACUUCAAGUUGACGGAUCGAGGAACGGACGAGAUCUCCACGUGUAAACAGAAAGGCUUUCACCCGCACAGCAAAGACCCCCCUCUGUUCACACACGCGGGACACAUCAACAUCACCGACGACACCGUGUCCAUGAUGGAUUUGCGGUGAUUCUUCUCGGGGACCGUUUUGAUCCAACUGACAUUUAACUGGAGGAAACGAACACUUCCUUUUCAGGCCGACGCCGAGCAGAACGACCGUUUCUACGGACUUGAGUUGUUCUCAAAGGGAACAACGUUGCGCAACUUUUUUUAAAUAUUUUUUUUUUAUUUCUUCCUUUUGCUCUGCAAGAAAAGAAAUCGCAUAUUAAUGCACUUUCCAAGCAAACGACUACGAUCCCUCUCUUCAACCUCUUGUGUUUUUUUUUUGUUUUUUUUCGUCGGUCCAUGCUCCACUUUCUCACCGUUUGUCAUUAAAAAAAGAACAACACUAUAUAUAUAUAUAUGUGUGUCGAUGUCUAAUAACCCGACCAGUUGUCAAAGUUUUAUUUCUGCCUGGAGAAAGGAAAAAAAAGAAAAAGUGCCAAGGACGAGAACGCUCUCCGGCUCGAGGAGUCUUUCAAGAAGUUUCCGUGUGUUUCUGUUGUUUUGUUGUCGGGAGGAAAGACGGCCAGUUGUAACUCAGGUACGCAGGCGGCGUUGCUGCUCUGCGUUCUAUUUUUCUAUAUAACUCCGCAGCAUCCUUUCAUCUAUAAAGAGCUUUGUUUAAUUCCUGCUUAUGAUGCAUCCACCUUUUUGACUUUCUUUAUUCUUUAUGGGGGUUAAAAAGGGGGGGUGGCUUUACCCGAGGACGUGAUGUCGACCUCCUGCUCCUCGUCAGCCCGAAACCAACGGACCUCUCUCUCCUCUUAACCCGCUUUUUUUUGUUUCGCUCCCCUUUUUUUCCGCUUGUUGCAGGAAGUAAAUGAUUCUGCUUCAGUGAAUGAAAUGCAAAGUCAAAAAUAAACUCGUUGGGAGGUUAAUUUAU